AUGGAGGAGCUGGUUGGGCUGCGAGAGGGCUCCUCGGGGAACCCCGUGACUCUUCAGGAGCUAUGGGGCCCGUGUCCCCGCAUCCGCAGGCGCAUCCGAGGUGGCCUGGAGUGGCUGAAGCAGAAGCUGUUCCGCGUGGGUGAGGACUGGUACUUCCUGGCCACCCUUGGGGUGCUCAUGGCCCUAAUCAGCUAUACCAUGAGCUUCACCGUGGGGCGCGUGGCCCGAGCACACAAGUGGCUGUACCGGGAGAUUGGCGACAGCCACCUGCUCCGGUAUCUCUCCUGGUCCGUGUACCCCAUGGCCUUGGUCUCCUUUUCCUCGGGCUUCUCACAGAGCAUCACGCCCUUCUCAGGAGGGUCUGGCCUCCCGGAGCUGAAGACCAUCCUGUCCGGGGUGGUCUUGGAGGACUACCUGGACAUCAAGAACUUCGGGGCCAAGGUGGCGGGCCUCACCUGCACCCUGGCCACCGGCAGCACCAUCUUCCUGGGCAAAGUGGGCCCCUUCGUGCACCUGUCGGUGAUGAUCGCCGCCUACCUGGGCCGCGUGCGCACCAAGACCAUCGGGGAGUCCGAGAACAAGAGCAAACAAAACGAGAUGCUGGUGGCGGCAGCAGCGGUGGGUGUGGCCACGGUGUUCGCGGCUCCCUUCAGCGGCGUCCUGUUCAGCAUCGAGGUCAUGUCCUCCCACUUCUCGGUCUGGGAUUACUGGCGGGGCUUCUUUGCGGCCACCUGUGGGGCCUUCAUGUUCCGCCUGCUGGCCGUCUUCAACAGCGAGCAGGAGACCAUCACCUCCCUCUUCAAGACCAGCUUCCGCGUGGACGUCCCCUUCGACCUGCCGGAGAUCUUUUUCUUUGUGGCGCUGGGGGCCAUCUGCGGCGUCCUGAGCAGCGCCUACCUCUUCUGUCAGCGGACCUUUCUCAUCUUCGUGAGGACGAACCCACUCACCUCCAAACUCCUGGCCACCAGCAAGCCUCUCUACUCCGCCCUGGCCGCCUUGGUUCUGGCCUCCAUCACCUACCCCCCGGGCGUGGGCCGCUUCAUGGCUUCUCGGCUGUCCAUGAGGCAGCACCUGGACACACUGUUUGACAACAACUCGUGGGCGCUGAUGACCCGGAACGCGUCCCCACCCUGGCCCGCCGAGCCCGACCCCCAGAACCUGUGGUUCGAGUGGUACCACCCGCGGUUCACCAUCUUUGGGACCCUUGCCUUCUUCCUGGUUAUGAAGUUCUGGAUGCUGAUCCUGGCCACCACGAUCCCCAUGCCCGCUGGCUACUUUAUGCCCAUAUUUAUCUUCGGAGCUGCUGUGGGGCGUCUCAUCGGGGAGGCCCUCUCUUUGGCCUUCCCUGAGGGCAUCGUGGCCGGAGGGGUCACCAACCCCAUCAUGCCUGGGGGCUAUGCCCUGGCAGGGGCUGCGGCCUUCUCCGGGGCCGUGACGCACACCAUCUCCACGGCGCUGCUGGCCUUCGAGCUGACCGGCCAGAUCGUCCACGCACUGCCCGUGCUGAUGGCCGUGCUGGCGGCCAACGCCAUUGCCCAGAGCUGCCAGCCCUCCUUCUACGAGGGCACCAUCAUUGUCAAGAAGCUGCCGUACCUGCCGUGGAUCCGGGGCCGGAAAAUCAACUCUCACGGCGUGGUCGUGGAGCAUUUCAUGAACCGGAGCAUCACGACGCUGGCCAAGGACGCACCACUGGAGGAGGUGGUCAAGGUCAUGACCUCCACAGAUGCGGCUGAGUACCCCCUGGUGGAAACCACAGAGUCUCAGAUCCUGGUGGGCACCAUGCGAAGGGCCCACCUGCUGCAGGCCCUCCAGGCUGAGCCACCCUCCUGGGCUUCAGGACACCAAGUGCGGUAUCUCCAGGACAUCUUGGCUGGGGGGUGCCCCAUGGAGCCAGUGACCCUGCAGCUGUCUCCGGAGACCUCCCUGCACCAGGCACACAACCUCUUCGAGCUGCUGAACCUUCAGUCCCUCUUCGUGACGUCUCGGGGCAGAGCUGUGGGCACCGUGUCUUGGGUGGAGUUAAAGAAAGCAAUUUCCAACCUGACAAACCCACCGGCCCCAAAGUGA